AUUAUCACCAUAGACAGCAGAUACAAGCUGGCACAGGCUGUCUUCUAACGUGUGUGACUUUAUUAGAAAACCAGCGAUGCUUGUUGACUAUAUUUAAAUGGGGGCGCGGUUUGAGGAGCUCACGCCGCGCCCCCUCGUCUGCAAGCCGCAGACGGUAACCCAGUCCAGGCUGCUGUUGCUGUGGACAACGUCCAGCAGAGAGACCCGGUUCACCUUCAGGCUGACUGGAGAUAUUUCAAAGACUGGUAUAUGCCGGUGUGUGUGGAUGCGUUAAGCUAACAUCAACAUAUCCUGACGAAGGGAGAAGAAAUGGCUAAUCUUUUGUCAGAGUCUCUGCCAGAGCGGACCUUCCAGCACCAAAACAACCUGCCACCGCUGCCUGUCCCGUCACUGGAGAGUAGCCUUUCCAAGUACCUGGAUGCAGUUCAACCAUUUGCCUCUGAGAAAGAGUUUGAAGCUACAGUCGCCACUGUGAGGAAAUUUCAAGAGGGUGUUGGCGAAGAGCUGCACCAGAAACUGCUGCAGAGAGCCAAGACGAAGAAGAACUGGCUGGAAGAAUGGUGGUUAGACACUGCGUAUCUGGAGGUCCGGGUCCCCUCUCAGCUGAAUGUAAACUUCGGUGGUCCAGCGCCUUACCUGGAGCAUUGCUGGCCUCCUGCAGAGGGAACUUCUCUGCAGAGGGCCAGUAUUACCACAUGGCACACACUACAGUACUGGAACCUGAUCCGCACGGAGAGGCUGGCUCCUCAGAAAGCUGGCAAAACAGCUUUAGAUAUGGACCAGUUCAGAAUGCUGUUCUGCACAUGCAAAGUACCUGGAGUGAAGAAGGACACCAUCCAUAACUACUUCAAAACAGAGCGUGAGGGUCCUUGCCCGUCCCAUUUGGUAGUAAUUUGCCGUGGACGGCUCUUCACAUUUGAUGCACUCUCUGCGGAUGGACAAAUCCUCACUCCUCCAGAACUACUCAGGCAGCUGAGCUAUGUGAAAGAGCGCUGUGAUAGAGAGCCAGAGGGAGACGGAGUGUGCGCUCUCACCUCAGAGGAGAGGACGCGUUGGGCGAAGGCCAGAGAACAUCUAAUUAGCAUCGAUCCACACAAUAAGACCAUCCUGGAGACGAUCCAGAGCAGCCUGUUUGUCAUAUGUCUGGAUGAAGCAAAACCCUACUCCACUCCAGAGAACUACACAAAUAUAACCAUGGAGGCCCUUGCUGGAAAACCAACCAUCCGCUGGGGUGACAAAUCGUACAAUUCAGUCGUGUUCUCAGACGGCACUUUUGGAUCCACUUGUGAUCAUGCACCAUAUGAUGCCAUGGUAUUGGUUACAUUGUGUUGGUAUCUGGACCAGCAAAUUAAAGCUACAGAAGGCAAAUGGAAGGGCUCAGAUGCAGUCAGACCCAUGCCUCCUCCUGAGGAGCUGGUGUUUACUGUGGACGAAAAAGUCCGGAGUGAUAUCAGCCACGCCAAACAGCAAUACCUGGAGUCGGCCCAGGACCUGCAGGUUGUUUGUCACGCCUUCACAGCAUUUGGAAAAGCAACCAUCAAACAGAAGAAGCUGCAUCCAGACACCUUUGUUCAACUAGCAAUGCAGCUGGCCUACUACAGAAUGCACAAAGAGCCAGGAAGUUGUUAUGAGACAGCAAUGACUCGCAAGUUCUACCACGGCAGGACGGAGACGAUGCGACCCUGCACCAAGGAGGCUCUGAACUGGUGUACAGCCAUGAUGGACCCAAUGUGUGAUGAUAAAGGCAAGAGGAAAGCCAUGCUGCGGGCCUUUGAUACACACAACAAACUGAUGGCUGAAGCCCAGGAAGGAAAAGGUUUUGACAGACAUCUUCUUGGGCUGUAUCUUAUCGCCAAAGAGGAGGGACGUCCCACUCCAGAACUCUUCAUGGAUCCUCUCUAUGCAAAGAGUGGUGGAGGUGGUAACUUCGUGCUGUCGUCCAGUCUGGUGGGUUACACCACAGUCCUGGGUGCCGUAGCUCCCAUGGUCCCCCAUGGAUAUGGUUUUUUCUACCGCAUCAGAGACGACAGGAUUGUGAUUUCCAUCACAGCGUGGAGAUCUUACCGUCAGACUGAUGCUGCGUCACUAUUCAACUGCUUCAACAGCUCCCUGCACGAGAUGCUCCACCUGGCCACCACAUCUCAGCUAUAAGUGUUCACGAGAACAGACAGAGUAGCUAAACACAGGCUUCCUUCAGCACGUUUGAAUGUUAUUGCACACACGAUUUUCCAAAUCCUCAGUUAAUAACCAACAGCUAGUGAUAGUAAUGUUUGUUCUCAGCACAGAUCAGUGCAAAUGUCAAGAAUCAGUACCAGUAGUGACAUCCACUGUUUCUAGCAUCAAAAAGUACCAGUAACUUUUCUUUUCUUUCUAGUAGAGCUAAAUAAGACUUUUUCAGUGUAAAUUGUUCUUGUAAAUAUUUUUCCUAAAUCUCUGAUUUUCGUAAUUGUAGUGUAAAUUUUACUGAGAAUGUUUAAUUUUUAAAAUCCUGAUAGUAUUAAUGUACAUUUAAACUAAGAUAAUGCUAAGUCUGUUUUUUAGUAAUGUUCGUCUCCAGCGGGUUAAAUUCAAUGACACUGACGUCAGUGGACAAUUUUAGGAAAUAACUUCUGAUUUCUUUGUUAUAUUAAAUCACAUAAUUGGAAGGAUUAUUAUUACAUUAGGAAAGAAUAAAGGUCUGUAUGAACAAUUAAUUAAUGCAGUAUGCAAAAAAACUGUUUUAGUGUUUUAAAUGGGCACUCUAUGCUGUCUAUGCUAAGACAGCAUAGAAAUAUUGCAAACAUUUCCUUUAAUCAAUACUUAAAAUUGCUGAUUCUUUUUACUUUUUGUUCUGUGUUUCAGUACAGUAGAUUACUGGAAUAGCAAGAAAACAUUCAUCAUGUUGAGGUCAUACGACUACAUGUUGCUGUGACUUUUUUUAACUCAGUUUGGUCAUGUGUCAUCACCAUAUCUGCACCUGUAUGUAAAAUGAGAACAAGAGCUUCUGUAUCAAUACUUAAAGAUUUCGAGGUGCUCUGGCAGCUCAUCUACUGGAGUUUGCAUCCUAUGCACAAAGGCUGAGUCCUUACCACGGUGGCCUGGGUUCGGAUUUAACCCACAGUCCAUUCGCUGCUGCAUGUCCUCCUCUCUCUCUCUCCUGAGUUUCCUGUCUAUCUGUGGCCGUCACUGUCCAAAUAAAAGCAUAAGAAGCCCAAAAAACAAACAAAGAAAGACUCAAAUUUUAGUCUUUUGAAAACUUAUGUCUUUCAGUCUUUUGAAGUACUGCCAAUGACCACAGAGGGAGCACUAUACCAUCUCAACUCUAAUGUAAAGAAGGCACGUUUCUUCACACUGACUAACUUUUGUCAGUGCUCUGUAUGGGUUUUGCACACUAUGCAGCUUUAUUUGCUUUAUUCAUGUUUGUCAGGUUAAAGAUAACUGACUGUUAUUGACUGCUGUAAAACUACACUGAACCUUAUAAACUGUGGCAUUUCCUCUGCAUUUAAAGCCUUACAGUAAUCUGUAAUCUGUGUGUGUCUGUUGACCUUUAUACAUGACAAAAUGUGAAUAAAACAAAUGAAAAACA